ACUGCAUUACAUUCAUUACAAAUGCUUUCCUUUAAAGUCAAUACCCUGUUUUUGUUUCUGUCUAUACACAUCUUUGCCUAACAGCCAGGCCACCAUAUAUUAAUCAUAUUCCUCCAAUCUUCAUCCUUAGCAAAAGUAUAUGGCGAACUCUAUAAUGGUAAAAGAAGCGAUUUUGGUCAGCCCAUCGGAGCCAACUCCGGUUCACGUUCUUCCCCUGUCUACCUUGGAUUCUCAGCCUUUUCUCCGAUUCACUAUUGAGUACUUGUUGGUGUACAAAACCAGCGCCGCAUUUCUGGACAGGACAGCCACCACGGCUCGGCUUAAAACCGCGUUGAGCCGAGCCCUCAUCCCCUACUACCCGCUGGCCGGAAGAGUCAGGGUGCAACCCAACGGUUCCGGUCUCGAGGUAGCUUGUAAUGGGCAGGGUGCUGUUUUCAUUGAGGCCGCCUCCGACCUUCCGUCGACGGAGUUCGAGCGGGCGCCGAGAAGCGUCACGUACUGGCGGAAGCUCUUGUCUUUAUGCGUCGAGGAUGUUCUUAAAGGGGCCCCACCGUUGGUCGUCCAGCUGACGUGGCUGUCGGACAAUGCCGCGGCUUUGGGCGUCGGCUUCAACCAUUGCUUGUGCGACGGCGUGGGAAGCGCCGACUUUCUCAACUUUCUAGCAGAUUUAGCCGCUGGGAAACGGGUAGCCGCGGCUGAGCAUAAACAGAAGCCCGUCUGGGAUCGCCACGUCUUCGACCCGGUACCGACUCGGCUGCUUAACUCAGUGGGCCAUCCCGAGUUUAACCGAGUCCCCGACGUCAGCAACUUCGUCUCCCGCUUUUCCCGAGAACGGCUCGAGCCAACUUCCGUCAUAUUCGACGGGAAAAAGCUGAACGAGUUGAAGCAACUCAGUGAGCUCUCUUACACGUCAUUCGAAGCCCUGUCGGCUCACGUAUGGAGAAGCUGGGCCAGAGCAUUGAAUCUCCCGCCAAACCAAGUACUGAAACUGCUCUUCAGCGUCAACGUCCGGAGCCGAGUCAAGCCGAAUCUCCCAAACGGCUACUACGGAAACGGUUUCGUCCUCGGCUGCGCUCAGACGUCGGCUAAGGAGCUGGAAGAGAACGGCUUGGAGUACGCAGCCGAGCUGAUUAAAAGGGCAAAAGAGAGAGUGGACGACGAGUACGUGAAGGAAGUGGUGGAAUCGGUGAGUUCAACUCGCGCGUGUCCGGACUCAGUCGGCGUGUUGAUAAUAUCGCAAUGGUCAAGACUUGGGCUCGAAAAAGUUGACUUUGGAAUGGGGAGGCCAUCGGAGGUGGGGCCCGUUUUGUGUGACAGGUACUGUAUAUUGUUACCGGUCUGUAAUUCUACGGAAGCAGUUAAAGUCAACGUCGCAGUUCCGGUCAACGCCGUUGACAAAUACUUGUACUUGGUGAGGAACACUACCGCCUGAACAAUUGAGCAUGACAUCUAAAAAAUGAUCGAUUGAUGCUAAAAUGGGCAGCGAUUAGUGUUAUAAGAAAGCAAAUGUGAAGUACAAAAGUGUGGUUAAUAAAAUGGGUUGGUAAUACUAGUAUAUAUUUUGAGAAAUAGCAUCAAAAUUAGAACAAAAAAACAAAAUGUGUUGCGAGUUGUCACAAAACGGAAAGUUGACAAAGUUUUAAGGGAUAUGGAGAGAGUGUGCUUGUAUACUUUUUGCACACUUCUAGUUGUCCGUGUAUAUAGAUAGUCUGCUCAUUUUUUAAAAAAUCAAUCAUUAGUUGUUAUUGUAUAUAUACAUAAUGGAGUGCACA